GUCUGGGCGGUGACACAAAAAGCUCCCGCUCCGAACCGAGCGCCUGGCGGCGGUGUUCGAGUGGGAGUGCGGAGGGCGGCCGGGCAGGUGGGGCGCCUCCCGAGGGUCCGAGCAGGGAGCUGGGGCUGCAGGCGCCGCCGCCGCCGCGCUCCCCGCGCCCGCCCCGCAGCCCUCGGCGCGCCUCUGGCCGAGCGGGUGGCGGGCGCGCCGGGACCCCCCGGCGAUGCUGCUGCAGCCGCCGCCGCCGCCGUCGCCGCUUCUGUAGGGAGCGCCGGAGCCCGCCGCGGAGAGAGAUCGAAAUGAACACGCCUGAGUAUGCUAGAUGCCUGUGAACUCCCCGACCCCCCGGCGACGUUGGAAAGACUGGAAGAAAGAACGUGGCGGAGUGGUGGGCUCUGAGAACAAGCUCCUUCCCCUCGGCCUUGGCGUUCCUGCCCGCAGUCCACCAUGGAGACGCUCUCCCAAGAGUCUUUGCUGGAAUGUCAGAUCUGCUUCAAUUACUACAGCCCCCGGCGAAGGCCCAAGUUGCUGGAUUGCAAACACACGUGCUGCUCGGUGUGCCUUCAGCAGAUGAGGACGAGCCAGAAGGACGUGAGGUGCCCCUGGUGCCGGGGCAUCACCAAGCUGCCCCCGGGCUUCUCCGUGUCCCAGCUCCCGGACGACCCCGAGGUCCUUGCCGUCAUCGCCAUCCCGCACGCCUCCGAACACACCCCAGUCUUCAUCAAACUUCCGAGCAAUGGGUGCUACAUGCUGCCCCUGCCCAUCUCCAAGGAGCGAGCGCUGCUGCCCGGAGACAUGGGCUGCCGUCUGCUGCCCGGGAGCCAGCAGAAGGCCGUCACCGUGGUGACCAUCCCGGCAGAGCAGCAGCCUCUGCAGGGCGGGGCUCCGCCCGAGGCGGUGGAGGAGGAGCCAGACAGGCGGGGCGUGGUGAAAAGCUCCACCUGGUCCGGGGUGUGCACUGUGAUCUUGGUGGCCUGCGUCCUGGUCUUCCUUCUCGGCAUCGUGCUCCACAACAUGUCCUGCAUUUCUAAGCGCUUCACUGUGAUAUCCUGUGGCUGAAGAGGGCCGCGCAGAAGUCUCUUGUGGGUGCCAACUAGGGGUUGAGCAGGUGUUGGUGAUGGAUCGCGGUGAGGAGAUGGGGGGCCACGCUGAUCAUUGGGUGCCGAGUGCUGGCCUCUGGGCUGCCACUUGAUUUACCCACGACAGACACGAAGGGCAGAAUGUGAGGUCUCAGCAAGAUACCAGGCAGAGCGCUCUGAUUAUUGGUGGCAACAGCUUCCAAGACGAUCGCAUGCAUCCUCAUAAUCAUGUAUUAAAUGGACUGUAAUUUAUGAUUUCUCAAAAAUCAUGUUGCCAGAUAGACCUAUUCUACUUAGAUGUUAAACUGUGGAAGUGCAUACAAUGUGAUCUUCUCUAAAUGUGGUAGAUUAAAACAAAGAUGCUAUGUAUACAAGUAGAAUUAAAUCUGAGAAUCCAUGUAAAAAUUCAGUGAUGACAUGCAGUGCUGGUUUCUUUCCUUUUUAAAAAAAUGAAACCCAGUCUUCAUUUAGUGGCUAAGGCCUUUUAUACUUUUUGAAUGGCACCCAAAUUAAAAUAAGUGAAGUGGACAGUUGUUUUUUCAGGAGGAUAUUUGAACAAGGGUUUCCAGUGUGUUGUGUUUUGUCACGUACCUCCAUUUUUCUUCCCUUGUAAUUAGAGCUCGCUAUGUGUUUAUUAAACUGAAAGCCCAACAGGGGAGCAAUAAACUGAGUAGUAAUGAGAAAUGCCUAAUCCCACAGGAAACCUACAUGCCAAUUUUUCUCAAGCCAUCUCACAAAAUAAGAAUUUUAAAUGUAAAUAUUGUGUAUUUGUGUGUGUGUGUGUGUGUGUGUGUGUGUAAUUUGAUUUACCUCAGGUUUUGAAUCUUUUCAGAAGAAUCCCGGGAGUAAGACUUUGUGGGCAUGAAUGAGUCCGGGAUCUAAAAUGAUGGCCACCUCAAGCGCACCGGUACCCACCCAGCGAGGUGUCACAGACACGUCACUUCCAAACUUGCUCCUCUUCUGUGUAUUCAAGUCCUGUAUUCUGUAAGGCACUAAGGGAGAGGAACAGAAGAUUCUGUCUUUUCUCCCAGUUUUGAUGUAUUGUAACAGCCAUGAGUGUUGGUAAACAGUAACAGACUUGGACUGGCAUUUUAAGACAGUCCAUGAUUAUUUUUUGAAAGAGAUUGUUCCAUGAGAGUUAACUCAUUUUGAAUUCCAGUUUCCUCUUGUUGGUAUAAGUGAGACUCUCUCUUGUAUUUCAAAAUAUGUUUUCAUUGAGAAAAAUGGCAAGGUGAAGUAGCAACUCACAUUCCCAGUUUAAGUGGACCAGUUCAUCAUAAAUGCUCAGACGUUUUUAAAUGUGUGCCUGCAGAUGCUCGUGAAGGAAGAUCUGCUGGUCUUAAAUGAUAAAUUUCUGUCCCUGAAUGUGUGUGCGUUCAGACAUAGCUGUGAGCUUUACAGUUCCCUUCUAGUUUCUCUUACGGAAUUCAUGAAGCAAGUGGUAUGUGCCAAGGUCCCCGCUCAUAAACAGGUCUGUGUAUGUUCCAUUGAAUCCCUGAAAAUAAGGGACAGAAAAAUAAGCAGUGACUGGCUCCAAAAAGUAAGGCUAGAAAAAGCCCUUAAGACUGAGAUAAUUUAAUUUACUUAUAUGCUAAGUGUUACCUUCAAGCAGCACAAAAUAUGCACAGUAAAGUGAUGGAAUUAAUGAGAUAAAGUGACAAUAUAAUGAAUAGAAUCCCAAGCUAACCCUGUUUGUUCAUUGACAUGAGGAUUUGAUAUAAAAAUAUGAACAUGGGUUUUUCAAAUCUUUCAAAUUUGUCAUUAGACCUUUAGGAAAUGUAUUUGAAAGCUCAAACUAGAAAUUAGGUUAAAAUGCCAUUUUAUUGUGUAAGCUAUUGGGCAUUAUACAACAAAUAAUCUAGGAUUUAUUUGGUAUUAAUAAUUUAGCUACCCCAUUAGCUGAAUGCUAUCCUCUAUUAUGUAACCUAAUAUACUGCUGGGUUAGUUUCAAUUUCUCAAACUCUCCCAGGCUGCCGUGAUGCAUGUCUGACCUAAUUUCUAUUCCUCUUGGGAAAAAACCCCCACAGAAAUGUUACAUUAAGAAUUCUACAUUUCAAAUGGACUUUACCCUUGCAAUAUUAAGUCAUGCCAUUUUCAAAUUAAUUUUGUGAAUGAUGUCUACAUAUGUUUAUGUCCGGUAUGAAAUGACCAGCCCUGGAGUGUAGUGUGUGAUAGAAUUCUACAUGGUCUGUAGGUUAUAUAUAGACACUAACAUAUGUGAUGAUACAGUGCUCUGUGUUUCUUAGUGCAAAGUGUAGAGUACAAAUGUCCAUGUACCUUUUACUUAAAAACAACCCUGUGCUAGAGCUGCAAUUAAGCAGUGCAAAAUUAAUCGGCUCUAUGAUAGAUUCUUGACGUUACACUUUAGGGUACAGUAACAACCAAAAUCAGAGUUUUUCAUGUGAGUCUUACUGAUUGAUGUAAGAACAAUUGUUUAUGUGGAUUCUGCCUGCAGUUAUUUAUUUGUGUACCUGCUUAUCAGGGUGUGCAAUCCUGUGCGUGCACAUGUCUAUGUGAUGUCUCAGCCUGCCAGGUAGGAUUUUUAUAGGCUUAAUGAUGUUUAAUGUUUUUGGCAUCCCAUUGCUCUGGCCUCUUUGGCCUUUACCCAUGAUACUAACAACUCAUCUACCCCAUGUGACUCAAGUCCAGUGACACAGUCAGCCAGAAUUCACAGUUGCACAUCAAUGAAAAAACUCACAACUGAAAGCACAGAAAGAGCUGAAAGCAACCUCUGGUGGCUUCAUUUUGUAGUUGAGUCUGCUGGGGCCCCCAGAGGUGCGAGCCCGUUUGUCAUUCUGCAGCAAAAGGGGGACCAGAACUUUGUACUGCAGUUUCCUCCUUCCUAGACCUGUGGACCUCUCUGUUGGUCUAUGAUCUUUUUCAGGGAGGAUCAAUACCCUUUACUAAUUCAACUAUUAAGUUUUUUGUUUUUGUAGAUUUAUAUAUUCACUUUAGUUAGCAUCUACCUCUCUGGGGAAUGAAAGGAAGGUUGAUUUAGGGAUGAGUAUAGACAGUUAAAGAGAACCAUGUGAUCUGAAUUUUUUUAAUUGCAAAACAUUGGUCCCCCCCUCCCACUUGAGCUAUAAAGGACAGUGAGUGUUGUGUAAAUAGUAAACUAUAAGAAGCAUGAAUUUUCAUCUUUAUUAAUGAUCUUGACAUAAGCAAGAGAAUGCUGAAUAUGCUAAGUAGAGCCAAGUAUGCUGUCAAAAAGCAUUGUCUUUGGUACAUUUUUGUAUAAUGACCUGGGGCAUAAGUUGUGAAAAGGCAAAUGGGUUCUCAGUUCCAGUCAUACUUUACGAUCAGAAAGCUAUAAGGCAUUUCCUUUAGGAAUAUAAUUAAGUUUAAUCUUGCACAUGACUUGAGUGGGUCCCUUGAAGGUUAAAACCGUGUGCUGGUGCAACCUUGGGAUCUUCUAGAUUGAUGCUGUUCAAUAGAACUUUCUGUGAUGAUGGAAAUGUUCUGUAACUUAUGCUGUCCAAUACAGUAGCCACAUUGGGUGCUGGGCAACUGAAAUGGGAUUAGUCUGAGUGAGGAACUGGAUUUUGUAUUUUAUUUAAUUUAAAGUUAUUUAAAUAGAUGCCACUCACAUGUGGCUAGUGGCUAUUAUAUUGGACAGUGCACUUCUGGAGGGUUGUGCAAUGGAAUCUAGCAUCAAAAUAUUAAUGGAGUAAACAGAGUAAGGCGAAGAAGACAGUUUGUGGUUUAGUAACAUGCAGUUGGCUUCAAAAAUAUAUGAUCUCAAGUAUGACAGUAAAAAUGCAUCAAUUGCUCUUCAGAGUUAUUACUUAGAUACUCUGGGCCAAGGAAUAAUCAGUGAAGCUUAAAGAGUGCUCGAUAAAGCCCACUUUUCUGGGAUCAUUAGCUGCAUGUGAAUCUAUUCUCCAAAAAUAGUAGUUAGACAGUAGCUCUAAAACGUUUGACUUGCAUGACCUGUACUGUAAAAUUGUGUUUAGGGUCUUGUGACCAAAAAGUAAAUGUUACAGAAAAAAAAAAAAAAAAGCCUAAUGAAAUCCCUCUUCACUUUCAGGGUCUUACCCAAACGCCGUCAUUGCAUUAGUAAGGUAUGAAAUAAAAGAGCAAGCAGGUUUUGCAGUGCUCACGGGGAGUGUUUUGGUUUGCCCUUGAAGUCUGCCAGCUCGUCAUUGUAUUUGAGGUGAGCAUAGGUGGGCAUCAUUUUUCAGAUGCCAGACAAAAACAUAGGUACUAUUUUUAGAGUGAGAUUUGACAUUGUUUUCGUCCUGUUUGUUUUUUUUAGUUAUCACUGAAAGAAUCGAAGAUUUGAAGCCUUGCACAAAGACACUUUGUUUUACAUUAAAAAAAAUUGUCCAUGGAAUUUAAAGCCUUGAAGGUUAUUAAAGUUACUAAAAUUGCUUUUUAAGUGAAUAAAGGGAAGCAGAAAAUUGAAUUUGAGAUAUAUUUCAUAGAAAGAUCAGACUCUUCCUGAUAGUACAGUGUUUAUUCCAGUCUAGAUUUGGUUUUAUAGAGCUCUCAUAGUUUUAUUUGAAAAGCUAUGCUGU